CAGUAGCAUAGCCGUCCUAUGUCGAUGCACAGUGGCGGGAGAGGUGCUGCAGCAGGGACUCUAUCCACGGUCGUGUGCCUUGACCUCCUUCAUCAGUGGCUGCCAUCAUCACCUCCUCUGUCAGUGCCCCCCCACCCCUGGACAUCACAGUGCCUACAGCAGAGAUGAACUAACUCCUCCCGCUGCAGCUGGCAGUAGCCGGCUUGGCGACAUUAAGGACCAGUUUUGCAAUAACAACCACACAAGGCAGUGCCCACUGUUUGUAGAACACAACCCAUUGCACAGUGUUUGGAGUGCAGCUGUUGGGAGGACCAGUCUUGGUGCUGUCGGUUCUGGGGCGUGAAUCGGAGCUGGUUUAAAUCUCCAUGCUUAGCUGAUCCCAGCGCUGGUGGAAUAUUCUUUGUAUAGCAACCGUUCUGGAACCGCAUCCUUAUCAUCGGUACAUUCUCCUUCGCGUUAUAUAGGGGGUUUGUAGGAAUCUGCCUUAUACGCAUACGUACAAAUACAUUUCAUUUUCAAGGGUAAUAGGAUUUUCCAAUUAUGGAGUCUGUGGACAGAGAGUGCGGUGCCCUCGGGGGACUCUUUCAGGCAAUCGUCAAUGACAUGAAGGGUUCCUAUCCAGUCUGGGAGGAUUUUAACUCCAAGGCAACAAAGCUACAUUCGCAGCUCAGGACCACAGUACUUGCAGCUGCAGCGUUCCUUGAUGCAUUCCAGAAGGUGGCGGACAUGGCGACCUGCACGCGAGGGGCUACCAGGGACAUUGGGUCUGCACUGACACGGAUGUGUAUGCGGCAUCGCAGCAUCGAAACCAAGCUUCGGCAUUUCACCAAUGCUCUUAUGGAGAGUCUUAUCACCCCACUCCAGGAAAGGAUCGAAGACUGGAAGAAAACUGCAAACCAGCUUGACAAAGACCAUGCAAAAGAAUACAAGCGGGCACGUCAUGAAAUCAGGAAAAAGCAUUCAGAUACAAUGAAACUGCAAAAGAAAGCAAAAAAAGAAGUACUUGGUAAAGGAGACCUCCAGCCACAACUGGACAAUGCACUUCAUGACGUUAAUGACAUGUAUCUUCUGCUAGAGGAGACCGAGAAGCAAGCUGUCCGCCGUGCCCUCAUUGAAGAGAGGAGUCGUUACUGCACUUUCAUCACUUUUCUUGGGCCAGUAGUGAAUGGAGAAAUCGCCAUGCUAGGGGAGAUCACACACCUUCAAGCCAUUGUCGAUGAUCUAACUGUGUUGACUGCAGAUCCGCACAAACUGCCUCAAGCAAGUGAACAGGUGAUCAUAGACUUGAAAGGAUCAGACUAUAGUUGGUCCUACCAGACUCCGCCUUCAUCCCCUAGCAGUUCUGGCUCCCGGAAAUCGAGCAUGUGCAGCAGUGUUAACAGUACAAACAGUAGUGCAUCCCAUUCCAGUGGUUCGCAAACUCACUCACCAAGUUCCACCUAUCGCUAUCGCAGCUUGGCCCAGCCUGCUUCAGCCAACACACGCCUGUCCAGUGUUUCCUCCCAUGACUCUGGUUUCAUCUCGCAAGAUGCCAUGUUCUCCAAGCCGCCAUCGCCAAUGCCUUCGGACAUCACAAGCCAAAAAUCCUCCAGCUCUGCAUCCUCUGAAGCAUCUGAAACGUGCCAGUCUGUUAGCGAAUGCAGUUCCCCAACCUCGGAGUGGUCAAAGUCUAGUUCCUAUGACCAGGCAGCAGUGAAUAGUCUGCAGCGGAGGAAAGAAAGGACAGAACAGCUUCGGGAGGCAGAGAUGGCUUCAGCCUCGGGUGUAAUGGGAUACCUAGGACAAGGUAUUGAAGACGUGCAGAAGCCAAGGAUGUCACCAGCUACAAUUGCUGCCAAGCAUGGUGAGGAGGUAUCUCCAGCAGCAAGUGACCUGGCCAUGGUACUAACCCGUGGGUUAAGCUUGGAACACCAGAAGAGCAGCCGAGACUCCCUACAGUAUUCCAGUGGCUACAGUACCCAGACUACUACCCCUUCUUGUUCAGAGGAUACAAUCCCAUCUCAAGUUUCAGAUUAUGACUGUUACUCUGUGAAUGGAGAUAUGGAAGGUGAACAGCAGACGGAGUUUGAUAAAUCAUCCACUAUACCCCGUAACAGCAACAUUGCUCAGAACUAUCGACGGAUGAUCCAAACUAAACGUCCAGCCUCUACUGCAGGAUUGCCAUCUGGGACUACACAGCCAACCAGUACUACUCCAGGAGUUGCCACCAUUCGACGCACACCAUCUACCAAGCCGUCAGUGCGUCGUACCCUAUCCAAUGCAGGGCCUAUCCCCAUUAGGCCACCCAUAGUUCCAGUAAAAACACCCAGUGUGCCUGAUUCACCCAGUUACACUGGUCCUAUGAGGGCUGGCAGUGAAGAGUGUGUAUUCUAUACAGACGAUGCCUCCCCUAAUGCUGCAGAUCUUACAAAGGGUUCCCCCAAGAGGUUAAGCUUGCCCAACACUGCUUGGGGAGGUGGUGGUGCCACAGAAAUCUCUGUAUAUGCUGGAGCGAUUGCUUUGUCAUCUGAAGAAGACCAACAGCUUGCUGCCAAUCGACACAGCCUGGUAGAAAAGAUCGGAGAACUAGUUGCCAGUGCGCAUGCUCUGGGUGAGGGACAAUUUCCAUUUCCAUCUGUGCUUUCAGAUUCAGUGCCAGAAGCCAGCUCUCCUGCUCCACCCCCAGAUACAUCAAGUGAACCCCCUGCAGAAAAUAUGCUAGUGGCGAUUCGCCGUGGGGUGCGACUUAGGAAGACCAUCACCAAUGACAGAUCAGCACCUAGAAUAUUGUGAUGAUAAAACUGAAUACCAUUACAGAACAGGGUUAAAACUUGGAGAAAUAAA